AUGGAAGCAACGACGAGACAAGGUCUGCUAAGGCCGGUGCUGGAACACCCUAAAAUCAGUCUCUUUCUCAUAACCAUCCUCGUCCUCGCGAUAUACGCACAAAAGCGGAAGAACAAGGCUCCGGGACGACGGGUACCCGCGCAACCCCCCGCGACCCCGAUUCUGGGGCACCUCCCGGAGCUGAUCCGGGAGAACAGGGCGAGGCGGUGGCAUUUGAAGUUGUGCGAGUGGGCGCGGGAGUAUGGGCCUCUGUUUGGGGUGAGGACGGGGUUUGUUGUUGAUUAUUAUGUCAAUUCGGAUGUUUUGGUCAAGGAGAUCUUCGACAAGAGGUCGGCGCAGACCGCGGACCGGCCGACGUGGAUCAUGUCGAGCGGGAUCCUGAAUAACGACUUCAAUGUGUUGUUUUUGGAUGCGAGCCAUCCGAGGUGGAAGAAUCAGAGGAAGGUGAUUCAGCAGCUCGUGACGAAUGUGCAGCAGGCUGAUAAGAUCGUUCCGCUUCUGGAAUACGAGACCCUCAAGUUCCUCCGUGAGAAUGUCCUCGACGAGAGCGGCGGGCUGGCUGGGUCGAAGCUGUAUCAGGCUAUUGGGAGGUAUACCUACAGUGCCUUUGCGACGGCAUUUAUGGGCAUGGAAAUUCCGGAUACAGAUGACCCGGUGAUUCCCUUCAUCAUGGAGGCCGAGAUACAAAUCAUCAAUACGUUCCCGGGUUCGAAUAUCAUCGAUCUGAUCCCUUCGUUGGGAAAACUUCCGAUGUUCCUCAAGCCGUGGGAGAGACGGGGACGAGCGAGGUAUCAACGGGACUUGGCUUGGGCGAUGAAGCGCGUUGAGGCCAUCGAAGAGCGUCUGGCGAAAGGCGAUACGCUAGUUGAAAAUACGUUCCUUGGUCAGGUACUGCGACACGAGGAGAUGAGGGGGAUGUCUUGCAAAGAGGAGGUCGCGAUCUUGGGUCUUUCUUUCAUCGUUGGGGCUGCGGACACGAGUCGGAUGACCACGUGGGCGUUCCUGGAGGCCAUGAUGAUGUUCCCCGAAGUCCAGGCCAAAGCUCAGCGUGAAAUCGGCAAGUUUUCCCAACCUCUCGUCGGUGACAGGGUACCGACAUAUGCCGACUUCCACCGGAUCCCAUACGUCCGCAUGAUGAUGAAGGAGGUCUGGAGGUGGCGGCCGCCCGUCGCGCUGGGACAUCCGCAUAUCACCGCGCGCGAUAUGCAGGUUGGGGAGUAUUUCUUGCCAAAGGGUGCGAUUAGUCACGAUCCGGCGAGGCAUGAGGAUCCGGAGCGGUUCUGGCCUGAGAGGUUUAAAGAUGAUGAGACUACGACGAUGGAGAGUAUCAACUCGCAAGACCCGACGAAGAGAGACCACUUCGCCUUCGGGGCCGGCCGUCGCGUUUGCCCCGGCUACCACGUCGCCGAGCGCUCCUUCGUCAUCACCAUGAUGCGCAUCCUGUGGGCCUUCGACAUCGCCCCGGCGCCCGGGACGAAGACGCCGUUGAGCUUUGCCGAUUACGCGGGGGCUUUGCCUGGGAAUCCGGCGGAGGAUAUGCCGGUCAAGCUACGGUGUAGAGGGGAGGGCAGGAGAGGGGAUGUGUUGAAGGCUUUUGAGGAGGAGAGUGUGGAGAGACCGGCGAUGGUGCCGUUGAAUUUGGGGGAGAAGUCGAUACCGACUCCGGAUGAGUAUUUGUGA